UUCAGUUCUUUCAUAUCCAUCGGAAGUUGACUCUCUGUUUCCUUUAUCAUUGUGUUACCUAUUCUUUGUGAUAAACGUUUAACAAAUGUAUCAACUUUUAAUUGUCUCUAAAUGUGUUAACUCUUAACUCUUAAUGAUUAGUUAUUUGUCCUUUCUUGUAACUAUUGAUCAUCAACUAUGAUUCCUGAAUUUUCUGUACCGAUAACAGUGUCCAUCUACUUGUGUCUUCCAAUAAGAUAUUACCGUGUUGCCCAUUUGACAAAAUGACCAUUUAAUUGGCUUAAUUUCAUUGAAUUUUGAUGCCUAAAAUGAGUUGUUUGAAUCGUAAAAGGAUAUUUUACUUUUAGAUUUAUCCUGAAGAAAAACGUGUUUCUACUUUGUAGAUUUGUUGUACACCAGAUGGCGGUAUAAGCGAUUUUUUGCUUAAUUGUUGAACAGGAUGUUGCCUUUCAUAGGAAGUUGUCCGCCAUUUUGAGAAUUGUGCGAUUCAUUUGUUAGCAAUGAACAAGGAGUAAAUUAAUCUGUUUUAUUUAUUUCAAUCUAAAUCAUCUUUUUUUCUUCCAAUUGAUAUAUUUUAUAAGUUGAAAAUUAUCUUCUGACUAAAUUGAGCUGCGAAAAAUGAUACCAGCUAAUCAUUCGCUGAUCAACAAAGAUGCCAAUAAGUAUGAUGAAACAACUAUUUUAGAGUACCUUGAGAAAGAAUAUCAAAGGCGCCGAGAAAUGUACGUUGACCACGUUUUAGAGCUGUUCUAUCUCGAACAACAGGGACCUUUUAUGGACUACUAUAGCUGGCGUAAGAGACCGCCGACAGUUGCUCUUUUACAACAUUUUAGAGACAAUGUAGCUGAUUCGGAUCAAGAUUUUGAGCAACUUCAACUUAUCAAAACCUCGCUGGAUUCUGUAAGCUGUGGCACAAAUAAACCUACUCCUAUCAUAAGUUUAGCCGAAUUAGCAGCAGUUGCAUCACAUGUUUCACCUUUUGCAACGCUACCUGUCUCAUCUGCUUCAUUUUCAUCAUCUAGCUCUGCCAUCACUAGUCGUUCAUCAACAGCGCCAUUAAGUUCAACAUUUUCAACAUUAAAACCAUCAUCAACUGUAUCAAGCCCUUCAUCUACAUCUUCGUUGGUGGUGACAACUGGUUCUUCAGUGCCAACACCGCCAGCAACUUUAACUCCCUCAACUCCAAUACCCUCCUCACCUUUGUCUUGCGCACCUACUUCACCUGCUGUCGCAUCAGUACCAGUAACUUCUAAUUCCUUAAUAUCUACAAGUGAGUCCCUCCCUGCCUCAUCCUUACCUGUUACCUCAUUGAAUCUGCCGACAACCUCUUUAUCCAUUACUAUCACAUCAACUACACCAUCAUUGGCGGUCAAAACUUCAACUAUUCCUUCACGUACAACUUCAAGCUCAUCUCUUUCAACGUCUAACUUAACUAUAAGCACUCGUAAACAAUCCAAUAAGCAGCAUUCCAUAGCAUCAGUGUUCGAUAACCUUAUUGGCAUAUCUGAAGAUGGUGCCGUUAGAGCUAAACAAGAAGCCAUUAUUAUGAGUAGGAUAGCUGAAUUAAGGAAAGAAGGUCUUUGGUCAGCAAAGAGAUUACCUAAAGUACAAGAACCUCCUAGAUCUAAAGCCCAUUGGGACUAUCUAUUAGAAGAAAUGGUUUGGUUAGCCACUGAUUUCGCUCAAGAGAGGAAAUGGAAAAAGACCGCCGCCAAAAAGUGUGCUCGGAUGGUUAUGAAGUAUCAUCAAGACAAAUGUAUGCAGGCUGAAAAGGCGGAAAGAGAAGAAGUAAUGAGGUUAAGGAGAAUAGCUACCGCUAUUUCAAGGGAGAUUAGGAAUUUCUGGUCAAAUGUUGAAAAGCUUGUUGAAUAUCGUCAACAAACUAGGCUUGAAGAAAAGCGAAAGAAAGCUUUAGAUUUACAUUUAAAUUUUAUUGUUGAUCAAACCGAGAAAUUUUCAUCUUGGCUUGCUGCUGGUUUAUCCAAACCAGCCAUUAGUACGACUGUAUCAGUCCAAGAAGGAAGUGAUAAUUGCUCCACAGUUGAGAUGAAUGUUGACUCCAAGCAGACCAGUGUUGCUGGUGAUAUCGAUUUUGAACCACAACAACUGGAUGCAUCCGAUGACGAAGAAACAAUCGCUAAGGAUGAAGAAUUAUAUGGGACAGAAGGCAAUAAGAAAGAACUCGAUUUGCUCAAGAAAGAAAGUAAUAUGCCACUUGUCGAAGUCUUGGGUAACCAAUCCGAAGUUAAGGACUCUCAAUCAACUGUGAAAACUGUCAACGAUAUUGAUGGCCAGGCUAGUCGAGAUGAUGAAGAUUAUAAGAUAGAAUCAGCUGAAGAGGAAGAUGACGAAGAAACAAUCGCCGAGCAAGAGAAACAAGAAAAGAAUAUCGAUUACUCUUCCGAAAUCAAAGAAUUAGAAGAUGAAGCAAAUAUGUCUGUUGACGAUUUGCGUGAAAAGUAUAAAGCCGCUUUAGAAAGUUCUGUCAUGUCGGACGGAGAAGAGGGCUACGAAAGCACUGGGGAAAGUGAUGAUGAAGCUGACUCCAAUGAUGAUACGGAAAAUGAAGACGCUAUCUUGACAAAUGAAGAGUCAGACUCAGAAGAGCUUGGAAUGGAAUCCUUAUUAGACGGUGAUUCGGAAAGUAAUGAAAAACCUCUCGUUAAGAUUGUUUCAGACGGCAAAGAAGAAGAGGCUGGUCCCAAUAAAGCUAUUAAUGAUAUAGCUGCUGGAGCUGAAAGUAUCAAACCCAAAGGAUUUACCUUAUCAACAGCGAAUGUUGUCACCAAAGUACCUUUUCUUCUCAAACAUACACUCAGAGAAUAUCAGCAUAUUGGUCUAGAUUGGUUGGUUGCUAUGUGUGAAAAAAAGUUAAACGGAAUCUUAGCCGAUGAAAUGGGCCUUGGUAAAACUAUCCAAACAAUCUCAUUAUUAGCUCAUUUAGCUGUUGAAAAAGGUAUUUGGGGACCUCAUCUGAUUGUUGUGCCAACUAGUGUUAUGCUCAAUUGGGAAAUGGAAUUCAAGAAAUGGUGUCCCGCUUUCAAAAUACUUACAUAUUAUGGUAAUCCAAAGGAAAGAAAAGCAAAGCGACAGGGUUGGACUAAACCAAAUAAAUUCCAUGUUUGCAUAACUUCUUACAAACUUGUAAUUCAAGACCAUCAAGCCUUUAGGAGGAAAAAAUGGAAAUAUCUUAUUCUCGAUGAAGCUCAACAUAUCAAAAACUUUAAAUCUCUAAGAUGGCAAAUGCUGUUAAAUUUUAAUUCAUCUCGUCGGCUUCUUCUUACUGGAACUCCUUUACAAAAUAAUCUCAUGGAACUUUGGUCUCUGAUGCAUUUUUUGAUGCCAAAUGUUUUCGCUUCUCAUCGAGAUUUCAAAGAUUGGUUUGUCAAUCCUGUAACUGGUAUGAUUGAAGGUAGUCACGAAUAUAACGAAGGUUUAAUCAGAAGAUUGCAUAAAUUAUUGAGGCCUUUUUUGUUACGACGUAUCAAGGAUGAAGUCGAAAAACAGUUACCAAAGAAGAUAGAACAUGUGAUUACCACUCGUCUUUCCAAGAGACAAAGAUAUUUAUAUGAAGAAUUUAUGAGUCUAGCCAAAACCAAAGAAACUCUUGCCUCUGGCAAUUUUCUUAGUGUGAUAAAUGUUCUGAUGCAACUGAGAAAAGUAUGCAAUCAUCCUAAUUUGUUUGAACCGCGGCCAAUUACCUCUCCUUUCUCUAUGGAAGGAUUAACUUACAAUACUGCUUCUGCAGUCACAACACCUUUAGAUUAUAAUCCAUUAGAAAAUAUUAAUUUAGACUCACUAAAUUUACGGUUUGUGAAUUAUUCCGUCCCCCCGUCAUCUCUUAGUGCAAUAGCACAGCAUAGGAUCAGUGAAUAUCAAGCAUCUCCUAAACUAAUAGAAGAAAUCGACUCAUCUCCAGAGCCACCUCCUAGGAUUCCUAAAGCAAAGCUACAACUUCGUAUCAACAUAAAAACAUCUGCAUCUUCCAUCACAUCUCAAUCACCGCAACUACAGAAAGGUUUUCAGCUACAACCAAGGACGUUGCCUUCUGUUCAAAUUAAAUCUUUUAAUAAUAUUCCUUUGAUAGUAGGAUCUGGUCAAACCCAGACUGCUAAUUCAAACUCAAUUCAAGGACCUAGAUUAUUUUUAUUAUCUGCUCCAAACAACUCAGCGUUUACUCCUCUCAGAACUAGUACAACAAUAGGUAGCUCAGGUGUAAUUGUGACGGACAACAGUUCACAAUUAAGCAUGAGUGGAACCACUCCUGGUAGCAUUGUAAAAAAGUUAACAUUAACCAAAUCUCUUCCUGCUGGUGUUCAAUCGAGUGUUUUAGGUAACCAACGGGUUAAAAUACCGAUUGGAAAGUUGUUACAAACAUCCACUGGCCAACAUAUUCUAGUUAAUCCUGUUCAAUCCUCAUUGGUAAAUCCAUCUUCACCCAUUGUUAUUCCUGGUAAUGUAAAUAUUGCACAAAACUCAUCCCCAAUGAGAAAUCUCAUUGAAAAGCCAUCAAAUAGUGAUAAUUCAAGUGAGAAAACUGAUUCAUCUCCAGAAAGUCAAACAAAGAUCGUUAGUGACAGAAGACUUGCUGAAAGAAGAGAAAAACUUAAAAGAAUUGCAAGGAUUAAUCAUCGUCGUUGCUCAGCUACAGCUCUUUAUGCUCCUGAUCUUAUUCAAAUGUCUACAAUCACAAACCAUCCAAGUCAAAUUUGUACACAGCCAAGAGUAGGAAGUUCUGUUUUCAGUACUGGACAAGGUUAUUUCCAUUGUAUGCACAAUCAAAAACGUGAUCAUCGCCCUAGAGAUUUUUUCUAUUACACUGAUUUUUUAACAAACAAUUUGAAGACUCCUGAAGACCUCACUUCUGAUCUCAAAGAUAUCCUCAAAAGAUAUGUUUUCCUCGUGCCGAGAGUUUCUGCACCUCAGAUUCAAAUGCACGUUUCUCAUACAAAACCUUGGAAAAUUCAGGCUGAAUUAAAUAUGAUUGAAGAUCUGCGUAAAGAACUUACUCCUAGAUGCAAUUUCCUGCAUCCAAUAAUCUCAAAUUUCAGAACACAGUUUCCUGAAUUGAGGCUGAUUCAAUAUGAUUGUGGUAAGCUUCAAAAACUAGACGAACUACUGUUCGAAUUGAAAAAAGGAGGCCAUCGGGCUUUAAUUUUCACUCAGAUGUCUCGAAUGUUGGACAUUUUCGAGCAAUUUCUCAAUUAUCAUGGGCACACCUACCUUAGAUUGGAUGGUUCGACAAAGAUUGAACAGAGACAAGCCUUAAUGGAAAGGUUCAAUGCCGAUAAAAGAAUAUUUUGCUUCAUCCUCUCUACUCGUUCGGGUGGAGUUGGUGUCAACUUGACUGGAGCUGAUACUGUGAUAUUUUAUGAUAGCGAUUGGAAUCCAACCAUGGAUGCACAAGCUCAAGACAGAUGUCAUCGCAUCGGUCAAACUAGAGAUGUCCAUAUUUACAGGUUAAUUAGUGAGAGUACUGUGGAAGAAAAUAUUUUGAAAAAAGCCAAACAAAAGCGCCUCCUUGGAGAUGUUGCUAUUGAAGGUGGUAACUUUACCACAGCCUUUUUCAAGAAAGAUAGCAUCAGUGAUCUUUUUGGUGUCGAUGUAACGGAAGCACAAUCUGAAAACAAGUCAUCUUUGCCGUCAAGUGCAGUGGAAGAAAGGAAAACUCCUAUUCCAGAGGAGAAUAAUCAAGUGAUUGCUCAAUUAGAACAGGCUUUAGGAACUGCUGAAGAAGCUUCUGAUGUUGCGGCAGCUCGAACAGCUAGAGCUGAAGCUGCAGCAGAAUACGCAGAGUUUGAUGAAUCUAUCCCUCUCGAUGUGGAACAAGAGAAGAAUGAUGAAAAAUCUCCUGCAGAAGAAGAAUUUGAAAGGCUCAUUGAACAGUUGACUCCUAUUGAGCGUUAUGCAAUGCAAUUUUUGGAAUCGAUUCAAGAGCCUAUCACUACAGAGCAGCUUAAACAAGCUGAGGAGGAAAUUGAAGCUCAUAAAAAAGAAUGGGAACUUGGACAUCUUAAAUCUUUAAAAGAAGAAGAAGAAAGAGCUACCAAUGGAAGUGAUAGUGACCAAGAUGAUAUCUUAGCCAUGUCGAGAGAAGAAGCUUGUCAGGUUUACAUUUCUUGUAAUAAUAAUCGGAUGGAACAAAUGCCUAUUUGGACUCCACCAACACCUCCUCAAGAUUCAAAUGAUUUAUAUAUCGAUUACUCUCUGGCUUUCACUUACGAAACUUCUGUUAUGCCUGAAUCUCAAAUCCCCCCUGUUUACGUUGCCAAAGAAAACAAACGUUUGAAACUAGAUCACAUGGCUCUUUCCCGUAACAAGCAGCACAAACUUAGGAAAGAAGAGAUUAUCAAUAUUCCUCGUUCAUUGUUUGAUAAUCCUUCUCCAGCUCUGCUGAAACUCCGCCGAGAGCUCAGAAUUCAAAAACUUAAAGGCUUAUACACUGGAGGUCCCGAUGUUCAUCGUCUUCAAAAGACACUUAUAUCUAUUGGGGCCAACGGCAAUCUACCUCAACCGCCUACCUUGGCUCAGCAAGCAGCUAAUAGUAAACAACCUCAAGUUUAUCUGCAAGGUCUUCAAUAUGAAAGUCAAAUUCAUUGGAAUAUUAAUGAGGACUGGGCUAUUUUACGUGUCAUCCAACUUUAUCAAGAAUUAUGCCUCAAUCUUUUGAUUCUUACUCCAGGUCAUAUUCCCAAUUGGGAUUUGGUUUCUGAUUCUGUCAACUCUGAAGCUUUCAACUUUAGAUCCCCUAAACUUUGUCGGCAUCACUAUGAGAGUGUUGUACUGCAACGUGAAGAGGGUAAACUACUGCAUGAUCCAUCCCCUAAGAAAAGUAAAAAGUUGCAGAAAGCUGCUGCGGUGGCUGCUGCUGCGGCACUCACUGCUACUCAAAAUACAACUGGUUCCCCUGUUCCUGGAGGCGCUCCAGGACAAGCAGGUUCUGCUGCACCCAAACCUAGUCAAGGCAGGCCAAUGCGAACAAGUCAUAUUUUCCUGCAAGAUGGAAAUCAUUCAUUCACCCAACUUUGCAAUUCCAGAUUUGAAACAAUUAAACAAAUAGCCAAUAAGAAGCAACCAACAGCGAAAUUAUUUUUAAAUGCAACUAGUAAAAAUCCUAAACAUAUUGCGAUGCUUGGUGAAUAUGGUAUUAGCUACGACCAACCAAUGACCCCUAUGCAAAUAGCUCAAAAUAGACUGGAAAGGUUAGCUAAGGAGAAAGCUAAAAGUCAACAACAGCAAAUCGCUGAGCAACAGUUGUUCUCAGAGGCCCAGAAGCAAAUUGCCCGUGCAAAGCAGGCUCAGCAACAGCAACAGCAACAACAACAACAACAGCAGCAGCAGCAACAGUCACAGCCCCAACAACCUCAACAGCCCCAACAACCCCAACAGCAGCAGCCACAGCAACAGCAAACAGCACAGCUUCAGAGACAAGUUUCGGUUAAUCAAAAUACUCAACAAGGAAGUAUUGUCCCUCAAAGAUUCUCCAUCGCUCAAACUCCAACUCAACUUUUUGCUAAAAAAUCCCUAGGCCAACCAGUUCAUCUGCAGCAACCAACACCUCAAGCUUCCACUUCACAAGCACAGACUCAGUCACAGACACCUCAGAAUCCUCAACAAUCGACUCAACCAUUACCUCGACCCCAGCUAUCUCAAGGCCAAAUAAUUCAGUUGAUUCUCUUGAAAUCUUUCAAUAAUCAAGGUCAUUAACUGUAUUUAUUGCAUCCAUAAUCUAUCAUCAACCUCAAUUGUCAAUUGAAUCCUGUCAAUUUUGAAUUGGCAACAAAAAUCCAUCCCUAAAAGACAAUCAAAAAAUGUAAUGUUUUUCAUUAAUAAACCAUGAACUUUCAGCGGUUUAUAAACAAUCA